AUGGUGUCGCAUCACCGAAUACCCUCGUACCAGGACUCACCAUCUCCCGCACCCUCCGCACCGCCUGCAAUAGCGCCUCGUGCGGCGUCAGUGACAUCGGGCCGUUCACACACAAGGCGACAUCGUCAUGCGCGCACUCACCACGGUGGCACGACACCCUACGCGCCGCAGAACGAGUUUCCAGUCUUCUCCUACACCGGCGACGUGGAGAUAUUGAUCACGAGCACGGACGGGAGACGGGAAAACCGCUACGUGCUGCACCGACUGAUCCUGAGCCAAUGUUCAGGCUUCUUCGAGGCAGGCACCCGUGCAGAGUGGAGCGGACAACAGCCAGGUGCAGGUCCGCUGACGAGGAUUGCUGAGGAUGAGAGCGUGACUGUUGGAAGUAGCUCGCGUGCAAGCAGCCAGGAGAGGCGACCAUCCUACGAUCAGCCAGCGAGACAGCGGUGGAAGUACGUACUAGACUGGGAGCACACGCCAGAGGACGAUGCGCCGAUGCUCGUACGGAAAGACGAGGCGUCGUCCAUGUUUGGAGGCGGCGCACCGCCUCCCGUCCGCAACAAGCCGCCUGCGUCGAACGAGCACUUCUUCCGGAGCAUGACAAACUUCUCCGCCCUCAAUCUGCAUGAGCGUUCGCAGUCCAGCGUUCCAGCAGAACAUGGCGAUGAAGUGCUCAAAGACUACGACAACCUUUUCCGCACAAUGUACCAGUACCCGCCGAUACUGGACAGCAUUAACAUCGCCACCGCCUACAGCGAGUGUAAAGCGCUGUUGCACCUGGCCGACAUGUAUGAUGCGCUAGAGAUCGUGGGCUCACGUGUUGACCAUCAUCUACUUCGCUUUGGCGCAAGACUGUUCAAGCAGAUCGCCAAGUAUCCGCCUUCGUAUCUCAAGCUAGGCUACUUGGCUCGGUCGCGCACUAUAUUCACGGAAUCUCUAAUACAUGUGGUCGGGCAGUGGCCGCUUGCAGCACCGCAGCUGCGCGGGCAGAUCGAUGCUGCGGUCAUGGAUCUGAUCGAGGAUAAAGUGGACGAAUUGCGUGAGCAGGAGGAGAGGGUGGAGUUCAAGUUAUGGCGGCUCAGCCUCACGACUACACGAGGAGAGAGGGUAACACCAGCGAACGAUUACCUGGCUUGGCUGGGCAUGAGCCUAUUUCGCCAAUGGCUGGCCGAAAACACGACCCCAGCUCCUACAGGAAUGAAAAAGGACAGCAGUCAACCAGCACCGCCGACAUCAGCGUCGGCGCCUAGUCCUGGAAGGGUGUACCGUUUACUCGGCUCUUCAAUGCCAAAUGCCUACCUCAACCAUGAGGAGCUGAAACGUUUUCUCAAGCUCCAGCCUGACCUGUACACGCGCGACAAUUUGCGGCGGUUCGAGCGACGCAUGGAAGAGAUCAAGGACCUGGCACGAGAGCUUGCUAAGCCUCUGAUGCGGAACUUUCUGGAGCUUGACCUCAGCAUCCUUGGUCCUGCUGGAUUGGGCUAUCUGACUUGUGUCAGGCUUGAACCUAGCGAGAUACCAUGGGAGGACUAA